AUGGCCACAGACAAUAUUGCACAGAGUAAAUUAUGGUGGCAAGAUUCGGUAGUCUAUCAAAUUUAUCCACGUUCAUUUCUCGAUUCGAAUGGUGAUGGCAUAGGCGAUCUAAAUGGAAUUACUAUGAAAUUGGACUAUUUGAAGAAGCUUGGUGUCGAUAUUCUAUGGCUUAGCCCAAUUUAUGAUUCACCCAAUUAUGAUAAUGGUUAUGAUAUUCGUGAUUAUUUUCAAAUAAUGACUGAAUUCGGCACCAUGGAAGAUUUUGAUCGAAUGCUAGAAGAAAUGAAACGAUAUCGACUGAAAUUAAUUAUGGAUCUUGUUGUCAAUCAUACUAGUGAUGAACAUCCAUGGUUUGUCGAAUCGAAAAAAAGCAAAAAUAAUCCUUAUCGAGAUUUUUAUCAUUGGGCACCAGGUACCGAUGGUAAACCACCAAAUCAAUGGGGAGCUGCUUUCGGUGGUUCGGCUUGGACUUAUGAUAUCAUUACUGGCGAAUACUUUCUUCAUACAUUCACACCGAAACAACCUGAUUUGAACUGGGAAAACCCAAUAGUUCGUGAAGAAGUCUAUAAAAUAAUGCGCUGGUGGCUGAAUAAAGGAGUCGAUGGGUUUCGUAUGGAUGUGAUUAAUUUUAUUUCUAAAGUACCACACUAUCCUGAAGGUAAUACCUACGAAGGUGGAGCAUAUUCCGAUGGGAGACCGUACUUUGUCAAUGGUCCACGUUUACAUGAAUAUUUACAAGAGAUGCACGAAAAAGUCCUUCGUCAUUAUAAUAUUGUGACAGUCGGUGAAUGUCCUGGAGCUCAUAUUCACGAAGCAGAAUUGAUAACAAAUCCGAGUCGAAAAGAACUCGACAUGAUUUUUACAUUCGAACAUAUGGAUAUCGACGGAGGUAGACAGGAAACUUUUGCAUCACUUGUUCAUCGAGGUAAUUGCGAAAAUAAAUGGGCACCGAAAUUACUCGAUUUACGCGAAUUAAAACAUCAUUUCACUAUGUGGCAAAAGGGACUUUUCGGCAAAGGUUGGAAUAGUCUCUAUUGGAAUAAUCAUGAUCAACCACGUAUCGUCUCUCGUUGGGGUAAUGAUUCUAGUCAAUAUCGAGUUGUUUCCGCCAAAAUGCUUGGUACAUGUUUACAUUUUCUUUGUGGAACACCUUAUAUUUAUCAGGGCGAAGAGAUCGGCAUGACCAAUGUUCGUUUUACGUCAUUGGCUGAAUACCGAGAUAUUGAAACAACGAAUUUCCAUCGUGAUGCUAUACAAAGUGGUCUAUCCUUGGAAGAAAUAAUGGCAGUAACCUUUGUCAAAUCACGCGAUAAUGCUCGUACACCAAUGCAAUGGUCAGGCUCUCUCACUCAUGGUGGUUUUACUAAUGAUGCCAUCAAUGUCAAACCCUGGAUCGAAGUCAAUCCAAACUAUAAGGAGAUUAAUGUUGAGGCUGCCUUAAAUGAUUCAAAUUCGAUAUUUUAUUACUAUCAAAAAUUAAUUCAAUUACGAAAAGUUAUGCCAAUCAUUGUUCGCGGAAAUUAUGACAUCCUACAUGAAGAUAAUGAGCAUAUUUUCAUGUACAAACGCUUCCUCGAGGAUAACCAUGAGAUUAUUGUUGCCUGUAAUUUUUCUCAACAACCAGUAACGAUUGGUGAUAGUUCGUUAAAUGAACGGUUGCAGAAAAAUGGCCAAUUAUUGAUAAGCAAUUAUAAUGAUGAUAACAUAAAUCAAAAAUCAAAUUGGCUCGAUUUUCGUGCGUACGAAAGUUGGGUAAUAGAACUAGCAGCAGAAACAAAAUAG